AUGUCUAUUAAUUUGGUCAUUGGAAGGGCUACGGUGAACAUUAUUAGUGCCUAUGCCCCGCAAGUAGGUUUGGACAAGAAGGAGAAGAAGGAGUUUUGGGAGGUUUUAGAUGAGGUAGUGAGGAGCAUCCCGAGCACUGAGAAACUUCUCGUGGGAGAGGAUUUCAAUAGGCAUAUUGGGUCUUUUCCAAGAGGUUUUGAGGAUGUGCAUGGCGGUUUUGGUUUUGGGGAGCAGAAUGACGGAGGAGCUGCUCUUUUGGAUUUUUCUAGGGCUUUUGGGUUAUGGAUAGCGAAUUCAUGCUUUCUAAAGAAGGAGGAACACCUUAUUAUUUUUUGGGAGAAACACGGAGAUAAGAAGUUGUAUUGGCUGGAUAAGGCCAGGGAGCGGAGGGAUCGUGACCUUGACCAGGUAAAGUGCAUCAAAGGAGAGUAUGGUACAGUGUUGGUGAAAGAUGCUCUCAUUAGGGAGAGGAGGAGACGGGCCAUUGAAGGCGGCGGCGAUGAUUUGGUUGCUAGAGCAACGACGGCUAGGGUGGUUACUACUCGAAGAAGGAAAACAGAGAGGGCAGUGUUUCUGGAUCAUGAGGGAGGCGGUGCUAUGAAGGUUUGGGCUGUUGCACAACAGCGACGAGCUAGCUUCUUUGCUGGUCGAAGAACGGGGCCGUUGAGAGAAGGAGAGAGAAGAAGGAUAUGCGGCUAA